AUGCCACGCGUUCUGUUUUAUAUUGUAAUCGUGUCAAUGUUGACAUGUACUGCGCAUGGACAGUAUAUUUCUCCGACCGUCGAAAAUUAUCAAAUCAACGAGAAGCCGCGAAAUAAUGAUUCAUUUAAAAUUCAAGUCUACGAAGAAUUAUUCAAAAAAUCAUUUGAACAUCAACGCAAGGAACAUACCGAAGCGAUUAAACGUCUUCAAAAAAUAGAUAGCUACGAACGUUUGUAUAAGAUGAUUAUAGUCCUUGGUGAAAAAAUGAUUGAUGUGAUCGAGACAAGUAAAUCAUUAAUCGAAAGUGGAGGUUUCAAUCCAGAUAAUAGAUCGUUGCCACAGAAUGUUACCGUACAAAGUGCAAUAUCUACUACGUUAGAAAACACGGCAUUCUUUGGAGACAUUCUUCUUCAUUUUCCUCAUAUUGUUCAUCGUGUACUUAAGACGCAACAAAAAUGGAAUCCGAUCAUAAAUUGGUCGUUCAAUUUUACUUAUCGAGCAAAAUAUCUGUUAGACUCGGAAACUGUUACUAAAAUUCAUUUAGCAUCUCAGGAAUUAAACAUCAUAAAACGCGAAGAGGGAUAUUUCAAUCCUUAUUGGCAACCUACCGAGUCUCAAAGAAGAGAUAAUGAAAAAACAACAAAAAAGAACUCGGCAAAGAAAGAAAAACAAAAGAGGAAACCACAAAUGGUCAAGAUUGAAUUCUGAAUAUUUUUAUGCUUUUCAUACGUGAAUAAGAGAACAAAUUAUACAAAGAUUCUGUGAAAAUAUAAACCAGUUUGGCAAUCCUUUAAAUCUUCAAUUUUAUUACUGAAUGGUCUACACUGAAAAAACUAAUAAAUUAUU